AUGGACCACCGGCUACACGUCAAACAGACUAGACACAGUGACACAUCCUUCAACUCCCUUAUACCUGAGCUGUUCCCGAAAACCAAAGACAAGCGGUACAGCACCUCUGCGGAGUACGUGGCGUUUGCGAAAGAUGUGAAUGGACAUUCCACGCACAUCGAAGUGCCCCUUGACGAUAUCCUUGCAGACUUGGUCGAACUGGCCCGAGGAUCGCUCGACCUCGCGAGCCUCAUCAAAGCAGGCCCCGUCGACUUUGGCAUCCACCUUCAUGCACUCUUCUCGAACGACCGCCAAACCUUUGAGUAUUUCAUUCGCCAACGGCUUGUCCACCGCUGGCUACGCGCGACUUGGGGCGGUAACUCGUCCUUUGACCAUCUCUACACCAAAACGUUCGGCAUGACCAUGACCCGCACGUCGAUGGUGCACUUGUUUGGGGAGAUGCAAUGGCUCACAGACCUGCGUGUGAUUGACGCUUGGCGACUUCGGCACCCUCAGGAACGCUCGUACAGUGGACCUGGUCGUAUCAACCGACUCGACUACAUCUUUGUUGACCACGACCUGGCCACCAAGCUCAGUUCUGUGGCGUCGUACAAUGCCAACGUUCAUGGCGGCGACCACUUGUCGCACACAUUGAUGCUUUCCAACAACAUGCCACCCCCGUCCAAGGGAUAUUGGCGUCUGCCCCGCGAGUUCCUUGACGACUUUAAUGUCGUUAAAGCAAUCCAAGAGGAAGCAUCUACCUUCCUCGACGAGAUGAACUCCAACCCAGACCGCAAUCACGGAGCGAUGUGGUAUGGGUGGUUGAAGCGCAUCAAGUCUCAAUUAGUCAAGUGUCAUCGCCAACACCUCCAAGCUGGCAAGGCUAACCUGGAGUACCUGCUUGCGCGUGGUGGCGGCCAAGCGAGCCUUUGA